AUACUCCGCCUUUUCUUCGUAGGAAAACAAAACAAACGAGGAAAGAGAAAAAUAGACGUUGGAAUUUUUGCAGAGAAAUAAAGGGUGCCGUUUUAUGUAUUGAACAGCUAAAUUUUUUCUCUUUCUUGUCUGAUUUUGUGAUAAAAGAUUAAAACUUUAUAAAAAAUCCAUUUUGAGAGUUUUAAGAAGUAGUGAGAACUCAUCAAUGGUGGUAGUUUUGAAGCUUUUUUUGCUGUAUUUUGUUUUAGUUAUAAGGGGUUGUUUGGCUGGUGAUGCAUAUGUAAAUUUCAACUUUGUGUAUUCUUAUAAAACCCUUUCUCCAUUGGGAGUUCCUCAGCAGGUUAUAGUGGUGAAUGAUCAGUUUCCUGGACCAUUAAUUGAAGUAACAACCAAUAACAAUGUUGUUAUUGAUGUGAAAAACAAAUUGGAUGAACCCCUUCUGGUGAAUUGGAAUGGGAUUCAAAUGCGAGAUAACCCUUGGCAAGAUGGUGUGCGUGGAACGAAUUGCGCGAUUCCUCCUAAGGGAAAUUUCACAUAUCAAUUCCAAGCCAAGGAUCAGAUUGGAAGUUUUUUUUACCACCCAUCAAUGAACUUUCAAAGGGCUGCAGGUGGGUCUGGUCCUUUCAAGAUUAACAACAGAACUGUCAUUCCUCUACCUUUCCCUAAACCAGAUGCAGAUAUUAUACUCAUGAUUGGUGAUUGGUAUACUAGAGACCACAAGGCACUGAGGGCUGACUUGGAUGCUGGGAAGGAUCUUGGCAUGCCCGAUGGGGUUCUUAUCAAUGGUAAAGGGCCUUACCAGUAUAACACUACGCUUGUUCCUGCUGGUAUCAAGUACGAAAGCAUUAAUGUCGAGCCAGGCAAAACAUACCGAUUGCGAGUACACCAUGUCGGGAUCUCAACUAGUCUGAAUUUUAGAAUUCAAGAUCACAUGUUGAAUCUGGUUGAAACCGAAGGAUAUUACACUUCACAGACCCCCUACAACAAUUUUGAUAUCCAUGUCGGCCAGUCUUAUUCAUUCCUUGUUACAAUGGAUCAGAAUGCUAGCAGUGACUAUUACAUUGUGGCAAGUGCAAGAUUUCAAAAUGAAUCUCAAUCGGAACGAGUCACCGGUGUAGCGAUUUUGCAUUAUUCCAACUCUAAAGGAAAGGCUGCUGGUCCUCUCCCUGAUCCACCUAAUGAUAUGUAUGACAAAACUUGGUCUAUGAACCAGGCUAGAAGUGUCAGGCAAAAUGGAUCUGCAAGCGGGGCUCGUCCUAAUCCACAAGGCUCCUUUCACUAUGGGAACAUCAAUGUGACCCAUACAUACCUUUUUCAGACUUUGCCACCAACAAUUAUUAAGGGUAAUUAUAGUGCCACUCUAAACGGUAUCUCAUUCGUGAAUCCUACUACUCCAAUCUUACUUGCUGACUGGAAGAAUGUAAAGGGUGAUUACAAGCUCGACUUUCCCAAUAGGCCAUUGACAGGACAUCCUCGGUUAGACACCUCAAUUAUCGAUGGCACCUUUAAAGGAUUUGCUGAGAUCAUAUUUCAGAACAAUGACACUGUGAUGCAAACUUUUCACAUUGAUGGGUUUUCCUUCUAUGUUGUCGGAAUGGAUUAUGGUAUAUGGACCGAGGAUAAACGUGGUACCUACAACAAAUGGGAUGCUAUAUACCGAUGCACUGUACAGGUCUAUCCAGGGGCUUGGACAGCCGUGCUUGUGUAUCUUGACAAUCCCGGAACAUGGAAUAUCAGAACAGAAAACCUAGACCGGUGGUAUCUAGGCCAAGAAACAUACAUAAAGCUCGUCAACAAAGAAGAUAAGGGCAGUCAAUUUUCGGCUCCUGAUAAUGUCAGAUUCUGUGGGGCUCUGGCCAACUUACAGAAAGAUGACAAUCGGGCAUCAGCGAUCAAUGGAAACAUGAAGUUGCUUGUGCUGCUGCUAACAGUUGUGGUUAUUGCUCUUGUUGAUAUCCGCUAACGCUUUUUCGGGGAUUUAUAUCUCAUUUUCAUACAAACAUCCUGCUUCAGCUUAGAUAGGCACAUGUAGUCUUAAAGCACAAAGUUUUGAUGUGCUUUAGUCUGUUAUUUGAGGCGGAAGGUCGAAUUCAUGUUAGCUUCUUUAACUGUAAAAAAAUGCCCUUUUGUGAGGGCCUUCCCUCCUUCAUUAUUGAUUAGUGUAGUUUGAGAAUGACAUCUGAAUCUGUUUUGAAACAUAUCAAAGAACGGUGAGUUAUGAUUGGUAAGAUGGACAUUUGCUUUCCAAAAGCGAAAGUUUGCUAUAACAAACUUAUAUAGAUGGAGAAUGUAAAAAUAGAUGUACUCGUAAUGACUUUAUGAACUCGUAGAAAUGAACAAUGGGUAAUGAAUGGUAAGAUGGACAUUUCUUCCCGAAUACACCAAACUAAUAUAAAAGAAUCCCUUUUCUUCGAGUUUAUAUAACAAACUCAGACAGAUUUCUUCGAGUUUACCAUAGCCAACUCAGACGGAUGGAGGAUGUAAAAAUAGAUGUACAUUUAAUGACUUUUUUAAUAGGAGAUGAUUGCUUUCAAAGCAAAAACUACAAAAGUUAGAGCUUUUUCAAUGUAUAUUUGGAGAAAAGUUGUACAUCUUAAACGUCCAAACGCAUACAGAAGCCUCAUUUCUUCUUUUGAUAUUCACAUACAAAAUCCAUCUUCUUACAAUUUGUGUAAUGGUGCCUCUUACACUCCUAUUUCAUGCUCAGACACAUUACCAUUCCAAUCGCGCAUGAUCACUAGAAGCCAACACAAUAUUUAUGAGCCUAAUCCGAAACACUCAUCAAAUUCACACUACUAUCAAGUAGAAUUAUUGGUGCCAAGUAUGAGAUUUUUUGUUGUAGGCACACUUUUAGUCCAAAGCACUCUCGCGUGAAGAGGCAAAAAAGAGUAUGUAUGGACCUCAACCAUUAGUUUUGAUGUUUUUGGUGGAGUUUGUUCUCU